AUGAUCAAUCAAUAACCUCUAUAAAAAAGAACUCCUAUUUCUAAUGUAAGAAAGGCAACUUUAAUAAAGGAUGAAGUUGAUAAUUACAAAGUUUAUCGCUUUGAAUUGUUCUCGAUGAAAAGUAUUUUUCAAUUUUAAGUAGAAAAUAUCAGUCUCCAUAAAAAUCAUGCUUCUGCUAUAAACUUUUAAAAGAAUGAUAUUCUUUAAGAUCUAAAUUAAAGUUGUAUAUGUGAAGAAUGUGGAGGUAGAAUUGCAAAACAAAGAAUCAUGAUGAUUGAUCAUUUGGACAGUAAGUAAAUGAUUGGGUCUUAAAAAUAAUCUUAUUCUCCCCCUUCUUAAAAUAGACAUUCAGUAAUAGAUUCUAGUCUUCUUGGAUCAUAAUAAAUUAGUAUAUAUUGAAAUUAAAUAAGGUGACAGACAAAUGAUGUUUAGCCUUAAGAAAAGUUAAAGAAGAUCAAUAAAACCUGUUUUGUAAGUGAUUUAAGCUUAGAAUAUGAUGAAAAAAAUGGUUAAUAGCAAUUAAUUAUAGGCAAGAAGAAGUUUACAAUCAAUAGAAAACCCAGAGCCUCUAUUUGAAAAAGUCUAAAUAAAAUUAAAAUCUCAAUUUAGAAGAUCAAUAAAUAAUUCACCAAUAUAAAUUAGAACAAGAACUGAUGCAUCAACAUAUCUAUUCCCUUUAUUAGCAAAAUCAAAGACAUAAUAAAAAUAAUUAGUUAAUCAAAAGCCUGAUUUUUAAAUAGUAAUUAAAAAAUAACCUUAAUUAUUGAAAAGUGAAAAAUUAAACUAGAUUAAAACCUUAUAACAACGUUUAUUAUUAACUUAUCUUAAAAAAUCAUAAUCUCAACAAAAUUCAGAUAAAAUAAAUAUUUUAAAAUAUAAAUUGAAAAAUUGA